AGGGGUUGCAGCCAUCCCGGUGGGUGGAGGUGAGUGGGAUCUGCCCCCCCUCCCUGCCAUCCUGCUGCAGGUGUCGGGGUACAGAGGGGCUGCAGGAUUUGCAGAAGGGUUGGGGGGUGCCGAGUGCCCCGAGUGCGGCAGGAGGGGUGAAUAUGUGUGUUGGCAUGGGGGGGGCCAUGCGGGGGCUUUGUGGCUCUGUACGAGGUGGGUUUAGGGGUGUUGUGCUUGUAAAAGAAGGUGGGGGUGGCAAUGGGGAAAAAGGGUGUCUGGGGGGCAGAGGGAGGAUUCGUGGGGCUGGCGUUGCCCCUCUCUGUACUGGUAGCAGAAAUGCCGCCUGCGCUUGCCCUCACGAUCCGCCCAGCGCUCUGCCGGCCGCCUCUCCGCUCUGCACCCCAGUGCCCUCGCCGUGAACCCGGAGAUGGGGGUCCCCGGGCGAGCGGGCUGAGCUGCGCAGGCACCGAGGCGGCAGAGGACCUGCUCAAGGGCAGCGCUUCCCCUGACGUGAUCUCGGCUGCGUGACCGAGUCUCGCAAAAGGAGAUAUUUAUAGUGCUGCUCCACUGGCCUGAGGUUUGCAGGGCCCGGGAUGGGGCUGGCAGCUGCCCCCUGCCCCGCACCCAGAAGCCUCUGGAUGCAGCUGAGCCGUUUCCCCGGCGGGGCUGAGCUGCGUGGGAGCCUGCAGUGUAUAACGGGCUGGGGCUCGCUGCCAGACUACACGUCCCGGCGUGCUCCGCUGCCUGCGUGCUGGGUGCUGGGUGCUGCAGAGGCCUCGCAGCCAGGGUGCAGGGAGCAGGUUUUUUUUCCUUUGGCCUGGGUCAGGCAGGCUCUAGCAAAGGAGGAUUGUGCAAGGAUGGGGACAAGGGGGAGAGGCCAUGUUUUGGCUUUGCCCUCAGACACAGAUUUGCCAGAGCUGUUGCAGCCUGUGGGAGAAGGUGAGAAGACAGGCUGGACUACAUGUCCGGGAGUGUUUGCCACAUACUUUGUCCCUGUGGCUCCAACCACCACGUGUCCUCAGGCCUCAGCAAAGGGAAAUGGGAGGUUUGGGAACUGCCCUGAGAUGAACCAUGCUGCUCCACGUUUUGUGUCUGGAGCAGCCUUCUUUUGGGUCCUCCCAGAGCCACCAGCACAUGGGGACAGCCAGAGCCAGAGCCAUGCUUACUCUUUGUGUCAGAUGGUCCUACAGAUGUGGUCCUCUCCUGACCAGGCAUCUGCUCCGCUGAUGUCUCCAAGCUCUUCCCUCCCUUGGCACGAUGCCCUGGAGUAUGCGGGGUCGCCCCUGUGCGCGCCCCAGCUCCUCUCCCAGCCCUCUGAUCUGCACGGUUUGCACGUUCCAGCCAGAUGCCAUCACUGUGCUGCCAUCGCCACCCCAUCCUGGAUCCCCUCUCCCUCUUUUUUCACCCCCUCCACCCUAGAAACACUGGUGCUAGGCCGGCAACUGUUUUCCACCCUCCUGCCGCACUCGCCUGGUGGGUGGCAUCUACUCACCCUUGGGUGGGGGGAGGAGUGGGGCAGGGUGAGGCAGGAGCAGGAGAUCAGGGCGAGGGAUAAAGCUGGGCCUAUUUUUAUACUGCAAAGUAAUUACCAGAGCUUUCCAAUCCUUAAUCUGCCGAGCACCCCAGUGUGAUUGGAUCCCUCCCCGAGCCUGGCAACAAUUCUCCCAUCACACGUCUGCUGCGUCAAAGCCCCGUAAACUCCCACACUUGGGCUCACACUGGGAUACAUGUGCUGUGGAGCUGCUGGCAUAUCUGCCCCCCGCCCCUGGCAACUCCUGCUCUGUUGAGAUCCUGUUUUGCAGCUGGGAGGGGAAAUCUCACCGUGGACCCCAGCAGGGCAGGAUGCAGCCUUUGCUACCUUGCUGUACCCUGGCUGGCGCCGGUGGGUAAAUUUGGGUGCCAAACCUGUCAAUGCACUAAAUCCACAUUCUCCCCUACAGCUGCCUCUCAGGGGUUUUUGGCUGAGGUUAGUGGCCCACACAGCACCCUCCAGCACCCAUCCAGCUUGGCUUCCUGCUGGCACGGCCGGGGUCCGGGAUGCCCCUCCUGGCGGCACGCAGGGCAGCUCUGGGUGGCAGUGCCAAGUCUCAGCUGGCACCUUUCCCAGCCUCUCCCCGUCCUGUCACUGUGCCAGGGGGUUGCUGAAGAACCUGUUCCAUAGCUCCCGCCACAGAGGAGGAAAUGAUAGGUGGUGUUUGUGGCCACACCUAUCAUCCCAGGGCUGGGGGACUGUUUCGCCUCUGCGUGCCCGCAGCCGGCUCCAGGGUGGAGCACGGGAGCUCCUCAGCCUGGAGAUGGAGGUGAGGGCUUGGGAUGGUUCUCACCCUUCUCCACCCACCAGCUCCCCAGCACCUUGCCCCAAAGCCAGUCUGGGGUGUUCAGCCUGGCUUCAUGGUGGCAGGUGGGAGAUUUUGGUGCCACAGUUCCUCCAGAUGAGACACUGGAGUUCACAACACCCUUGCCGAAUAUUUGGGAGUAUCCCUCAGUCCAUCUCAGUGCACAGCAGGAGGCAUAAAGUAAACUUGGCAGUGUACCAGACACAGUGCCCCCAAAAUGCUGCUGUUCCACGACAGGACCCAAUGCCCAGGAUUGUGGAGGGUGAGCUGCCUUAGGGCAUCCCUGGGUGACCCCGCCAGUGUCCCUUCCCCCUGCCUGGCAGGGACCCGGCGGGCUGGGAAACCACCCGGCGCUGCCGCCCUGCCAGAGCCAAUGGCCAUAAAAGGCCCUGAAAUGGAGGAGCUGGGCAGGGGGCUGGGCUGCUCCUCAGGCCGAAGCAGGAUUGUCCCAUCUGCCCACGCGGGCGAGUCUUGCCCUGAUGUGGGACUGGGGGGCUGGAUGAGAGAGAGCAGCCCCGGCAGCCCAGAGCAGGGUCAGAAUGCUGGGGCACACAGUGCUCCCCCUGCCUCCCGGGGGGGCAUGUUUGGGCAAUGCCCUGAGACACCAGGGAUCUGCAUCGCCUCCCACAGUGGGCUCAGGGCGGGGAUAAAGCUGCCUUUUCAUCAGGCACCUGAGCUGUGGUGUGGCAGGGGCUGGGGGGGGCCGAGGGGCAUGCAGAGGGCUCCCCCGCUGCCCCCCUGACGCCUCUCCCCAGACAAUGGCCACCCUUUGUUGGGGUUUUACGCGCACGGCCCCCUUCCCCGCAGCCCAGCUGGUGACAUUUUACCACCUCCACAUUCACAUGGGGAUUCAAAGGGCACAGAUGCACCGUGAAACCACAAAGCGCAGCCUCCCCCACUGCUGCUCCCCCUCCCCAGUGCCUCAGCAUCCCCAGGGAGGCAGGGCCAGGAUGCACAGCCGGGAUGCACGAAUUGGGAACCUCCCUCUGGGGCUAUUUCGAGGGCAACCUGCCAGCCACUGGGGCUUCCUCCAUCCUCAGCCAUCAGCCCCCUCCAUUUCUUUGUGACCCUGUUGAGAUCCUUCUCCCCCAUCCCUGGCCCAAGGGGGCUUGGCAUGCCAGACACCCACUGGUGGGAGAUGAAGGGAGGCAGCGUGGACACAAUUUCCAGGCUGGUGACGCUUGACCUUUGGGAGUUGGAGCUGUGUGGGUGGUACCCACCUCUGCCCCACAGGCACCCGGCUGCCAGAGCAAUACCAGAGCAAUGCCAGGCAGGCUGGCAGUGCUGGCCCCGGCAUCGCCCUCGGCUCCUGGGUGUAGCCAGUCUGAGCGUAGCUGGUGUGUGGGGUAUGCAGUGGCCUCUGUCCCUUCGGAGAGGUCCCAGCAUACAGGCGUCCAACUCAUGCCCCUUCCCUCCUGCUCCCAGACCUCCAGGGGCUUUCCCUCGAGGACUUGAGCCAGCAGCCCAGUUCCUCCCAACCGGUCAUUGCCUCCGCAGGGACCUUGGGAAAAGAGCCUGUAAACAGGCAGUCGGAGAGUGUGAGUCACAGCGACCGAGAGGGAAAUAAAUGCACGAGGAGAAUUUGCAGCAUGUGUUGGGUCAUGGGGAUGAAUCCAGCCUCUCCCAGUGAUGGUGAGCAGCUGGAACAUCGGUGCUGUCCUGUGGAGCCAGCUAUCCCAGGAAGGGGUGGUUAUUCCACUGACAGGACUGUGUCCAGGCAAGCUUCAAAACGGACAUCUUGCCCUCUCUCCACCAAAAGUAUCCCCUGAGCCUUGCCGCUUUCAUCCCAAAGGAUGAGCAGUCACCGCGCCGGAGGUGGCUGUGUUUCAGCGCACAGCACCCUGCCCCUACAGCCGUGCAGAUCGCUUUCCUGCUGAAAGUCACCCCGCCGUGGUUAUUUUUGGCUGGCGGCGGGGCCGGAGGAGCUGGCUCUCUCCCAGCCACUGCAGCGCACCCGGUUUGGGAUUACAUCUUGCGUGGUGCGUAGCGCUUGGGUGAACAGGCUGCCUUCAGCAUCCCCUCUCCCUGUUGCCAAAUACCUGCCAGCUCCAUCGCCCGCCUGUGUGUAAAGCAAGAGUGCUAUCUAGUGGCUAAUCCCACUGGGGACACCAGUGAUGCUGGGGAUUAAUUUCUGCAAAGGCCUCCAGUGACACCGGGUCACCUCUAUGAGCGUGGCUUUACCAUCCCAGUUUAACUGGUAGUCUAAGGUGUUGAGAUGUUUACCCGGGGUUCAAAAAAGCUGCUCAUUUCCCUGGCCUCACUUGAGUCUGAGGGGACAUCCAGGGCUCGGAGCCACGAGAGGGGGCGUGCAGGGCCAGGGAGGGUGUUG